AUGGCCGGCUUGUCAGCAGACGGGGUGAGGGCAGUGGUCCAGCUUCAGAGAGAAAAGGGGCGCCGGCAUCUGAGAUUGCUGCUGGGCUGGGAAGUGUUUGAUGAGGCGCGGGAUCUCCGGCGGAGCAUUGAGCUGGAUGUUCUUCACGACAGCCUGGUGUUCGCUGCAGAAAAAGGCCUGCCCUGGCCCGCAGUAGCUGAGGUGGGAAAGCUCACAGAAGAGCUCCUGACGGACAUGCAAGGCUUACCCAUCUCAGAGGCCCUCCAACUCCUGCACGACAAACUCACGUUGUGCGAGCCAAAGCUGAGCCCCUUCAAAGCCUGCAGCGUGUGCAAUUACUUCUGCAACACCUUCAUCAGGCACUACCACCUCUACCAGUUUGUGCUGUGUCAGGAGAGGGACCUCAGACAGCAUUUGGCCCAUCUGGAAGUCUGUGGGCCCCCGCAGCCUCUCCCGCUGAUGGCAGGCACUGAAGUGGAAGCCGCGAAACACCAGCAGCAGCUGGCUGCCCUCUCUGCCGCAGAGGCCCAAAAACACACCGACAUGCUGCUCCUCCAAGAGAGACUGCAUUCGGAGAAGGAGCGCAUGCUGCAAAGGGUGUAUGACAGAGUGAAUGCACAGGCAGGGGCCUUGGACAGAAAGGUUUUAGAGAGCAUGGUGAGAGAAGCAAUCGGGACCCAGAUUGAAGCUGUCCAUGAGAUCCUGCAGACUGAGAUCCAGACCACCUUUGAGAUCCUGGAUCUGAGACUCCAAAAGAAGACCCUCUCCUUAAACCCACCUGCCACCCACCCCCCACCUCCCUCCUCCGAAGACCGAGCAAAGUCGACCAAAGCCCAGGUGCAGAAAAAGAAGAAAUGA